UGCUGUUUAGGUUUUUAACUGUUUUCGGACAAACGGCUGUUAUUUUCGUGUAUUUCUAACCAUUAUUAAAAUGGCACGAAUGUUUGUUUGGAUAAACUAAAAAUGAAGUGAAUUCGGCUUUGAUUGAGCCUCUUGAAAUUGUUUUUAUGCUUUGGCAUGCUGAUGACCUGCUGUCAUUUCCAGGUUUACUGAGGGCACAACAGCUUUGAUGCCCACUGCUCCACCAUGGACUACUCAGAUUUGAUAACGCACAAGAACGGGAGACAGAGGAAACAGAUCACCUCCUCCCCUAUGGUUGACGGGAUGCUGGACACAAGCAAAGGAGACAGAUAUGAAUCUGGACUGCAAAUAGAAGAAGCAGCACAGGCUCUUCUGAAUGACUCUGACUCCGAGGACAGGAGGCAUCUCAGGUCACGGCCUGGGAUCCACGGAGAGUUGGGAAAUGUGUUGCCCAGGUCACGGCUUGGGAUCCACGGCGAGUUGGGCAACGUGUUGCUGCUUCUCUUCCUCUAUGUUCUGCAGGGAGUUCCUCUGGGACUGGCUGGCAGCAUCCCUCUCAUCAUGCAGAGUAAGAAGGUCAGCUACACAGACCAAGCUUUCUUCAGCUUUGUCUUCUGGCCGUUCAGUCUCAAACUUCUCUGGGCACCAAUGGUGGAUGCUCUUUACUUCAGCAGGUUUGGCAGAAGAAAGUCUUGGCUGAUCCCCACACAGUACCUGCUGGGUCUCUUCAUGCUCUACCUUUCCACUACAGUCAGUUCGCUUCUGGAGAGCGAGGGAGGCCGGGGGCCCAGAGUGGUCACACUCACUGCACUCUUCUUUAUGCUGACCUUUUUGGCAGCCACUCAGGACAUCGCUGUGGAUGGCUGGGCCCUGACCAUGUUAUCUCGAGAGAACGUGGGUUAUGCAUCCACGUGUAACUCCGUGGGCCAAACAGCUGGCUACUUCUGCGGCAACGUGCUUUUCCUUGCACUGGAGUCGACUGAGUUUUGCAACAAAUACCUGAGGACGGAGCCCAGGGACACUGGCAUCGUCACCUUAUCGGACUUCUUAUUUUGGGGGGGAAUGUUGUUCUUGGUUUCCACGACUCUGGUCGCUAUCUUGAAAAAGGAGAACAACCACGGCAGAGGACAGAGGAGUGUUCAGGAGGAGACAGAGGGGGUCAUGGAAACCUACAAGUUGUUGCUCUCCAUCAUUAAGAUGCCCGCAGUGUUCACCUUCUGUUUGCUGCUCCUCACCGCUAAGAUGGGUUUCUGUGCAGCAGACGCAGUGACGGGUCUUAAGCUGGUGGAGGCUGGUGUUCCCAAGGAGCAGUUGGCAUUGCUGGCAGUGCCCAUGGUGCCCCUGCAGAUCUUGUUACCAGUGAUGAUCAGUAAAUACACGGCAGGACCCCGACCUCUGGAUGUUUUCUACAAAGCCUUCCCUUUUAGGUUACUCAUAGGCCUGGAGUAUGCCCUGCUGGUGUGGUGGACCCCCAGUGUGAAACAAGAGGGAGGGUUCCCUGUAUACUAUUAUGCCAUAGUUGUUCUUAGCUACGCCUUGCAUCAGGUGGCGCUCUACAGUAUGUACGUGGCCUGCAUGGCUUUCCAUGCCAAAGUAAGCGACCCGCUCAUUGGCGGGACCUACAUGACUCUGCUGAACACUGUCACUAACCUGGGGGGGAACUGGCCCUCCACGGUGGCCCUGUGGCUCGUGGACCCGCUAACCUCAAAGGAGUGCCAAGGAGCUGUUGGGCAGAGCUGCGGGUCUGUAGAGAAAGCAGCGCAGUGUGUUAAGGAGGGCGGAGCUUGUGUGACAACACUGGACGGCUAUUAUGUGGAGUCUGUGGUGUGCGUGGUGAUUGGAUUUGCCUGGUGGUUGUGGCUAGGAAAGAAAAUGAAGCAGCUGCAGGAGCAGAGCCCUGCUGCAUGGAAGUGCAGACUGGACAAGUGACGUCAUCGGCAGCACAGACUCCUCCUGAAGGACGGCUGCAGGUUCGGCUCCAAAAUAACUGGACAAAUAAGAAAACCCCUCCUACCUGUGUGGGUCAGUUCAUCCAGUUCACCAGCUGCUAGAAGACAGAAGCACUCACAUUUUAUCACUCAUCACCUUAAAUCUGGUGAAAGAAAAAAAUCCCUGCAAUCUGCAUCUUAGAUGCAUUUGUUCAAAGAAAAUAAAAGAUUUAAAUGUUAAAUUAUUUUUCAUGUCAAACCAAAAUGUUCUAUUUCACUCAGUAUAGCCAAAAUACAGUAGGGUGAGGUUAUAACGCACCGUUAGAUAAUACUGCAGGCUUAUUUUAGCCUGUGUGGAUGUUGUGCUGCAGUUCUCUAACAAAAUAUUAGUUAUUUGAUUCACUGUGGAAACCUCAGUGUGCACAUGCUGGAGUCGUUUGCAGGCCUGUCGUUUAUUUUGUGUGACAGUACAGGGAAAUGCAGGCAAAAGCAAUACCACAUGCACCAUUCUGCACCAGUUGUUGGCUUAUUUGCUUUUAUUCAAUGUAGGCAGUUAAAUUGGUGUAC